GGGUGGCUGUAGUAGAGAACGGACGUAGCUGGUGGUCAGGGUAGGUAGGCGUGUAUGGUGUGGCGAUUGAUAAGAAGAAUACAGUAAUACAGGCGAUUCCUUGUUCUACUGUAUGAGGACAUCUUGCUGUGGACAGUGUUGGAGGUGUGGUGGAUAAGUGGAUCAGUGUAGUGGAUCCGCUGAGUGAUAAGAAGAGAUUGUUGGAUCGUUGUGAGGUGGACUGAAAACAACCAUUUGGUGGAUCUUAUUGGAACAUAGGGGAGUUAAUUUAUAUUGGUUGGAUUAACAAGUGGAUUAAAGUUUGUGGAUAUCGAUUAAAAGUGUGUGCAUGUGUGUGUGUGGAUCUCUGUCGUGGAUCUGAACACAAAGGCCCCCUCAAAAAAAAAAAUCCACAUUACCUGGAUUAGUCAAUACCCGAGGGUGGAUCAACAACGUGGGUAUUACGGAUUACCCUACCACCAUCAUGUUCGCCAGUAUCAACGCCUGACGAUGCUCUCCGCCAGCGUCAAGAUGUUCGAUAUCGUGUCUAUGGUGAAGUGAGACUCACAGACAUACGGACCUCAAGACUCCUUCCUUCAUGAGCCUCGUCAAAGCCUGAGGGCCAUGAGGGCGAGACUUGGACUUGUGAGUGGGACGCGUGUCCACUGGAGGCGACCCCCCCGGUUUAGGACACCCCUGGACACGCCACUGGUCAUCCUUAUCCUCCUCACCAUGUCUCUGACGGAAGGAGCUCAAGGGAUCGACUGCUUCAAGUGUGUGUCCGUGAACGGCGACAACCCCAGCUGUGAGGACCCCUUCCACAAUAACUACACGGUGGGGAUGCUGGAGAGUCCCUGUUUGGCGGGCCGUAAAGGCAGGGAGGGUCUCUUUCCAGCCACUGCCUGUAUUAAACUCGCUGGCAUCUAUGACGACAAUGGACAAACUCUGAUUAUACGGGACUGCACUGUAGACUCCGGUUCCCUCACGCUGGACACUGAGCUGGCCAGGAUGUCCCACUGUGGGGCGUUUGUUCUCUCCGGCAGGUACGUCAAGGGCUGUCUCCAGAGCUGUGAUGACUACGAAGGCUGCAACGGGGCUCCUCCUGCCACCCGUUCCUCCACCACCAGUAUCGGGUCGGCUCUCUUCCUCCUCCUUUACUUCUAUAAGAUCUUGUAGCCCCUCCUGAAGCUCUCCCACCUCCUGAAGCUCUCGCCCCUCCUCCUGAAGCUCUCCCUCCUCCUGAAGC